AGAGUUUUUAGAGAAACUCCGUUUUAACUGCCCCGGCACGAAUAUAUUUUGAACAAGAUUGGUUGCUGAAUAUUCCGGAACAUCUCACACAGCAGAGAAAACAAAAUGGCGGCGUUUAUGCAGCAGUCACAGGGCUCAGCGGAGAUGCCCCGUGGGUUCUACCUGCUGGAGGAGCUGGAGCAAGGCGAGAAGGGCAACGGUGAUGGCACAAUCAGUUGGGGCUUGGAAGACGAAGAUGAUAGACACUUGUUCAGAUGGACGGGCACUAUCAUUGGACCACCCAGGUCACCAUUUGAGGGAAGAAUUUACAACCUGCGAAUUCACUGUGGAGAAAACUACCCUGAUGAAUGCCCAACUAUGAGAUUCGUUACUAAAGUCAAUUUGAACUGUGUAGAUUCUAAAGGAGUUGUUGAUUUAAAAAAGCUUGAUGACUGUAAACAUAAGGGGCGAUUCUGUCUUAAAUCGAUACUGCAGGCUUUGCGGAAACUGAUGUCACAUAAGGACAACUGUAAACACUCACAGCCCUCUGAGGGAUGCACCUACAACUAACCAGAGACAAUAUGACGGUUCACUUUGCAGUGUUUCACAAGGGACAUCGCGCAACAUCUCAACAUCUCUUUUUCCCAAAAAGGUUGAUGUGGGUCUUUUUAUGGGUGUAACAAUAUUGUUUGAAACGCAGUUGUCGGGUUAAGCUGUCGCAUGUAAGGAUAGAUAUUUGAGCAUGGCACACUGUACCUGUCAAUAUUGACAUAUCACAUUGCCAAGAUGUAGAGAAUUGAUUGACGAUGGAACACAAAAGAAAUAAGAGAUUCUUUGUAAAAGAUUUUGUGUAGCCAAUGUUUCCCAUGUCAUGUGUAAAUUUCUGAUGAACACUUUGCUUUUGUAUUUGUCAUUAACUUUAUAGUUAUGUGCUCAUAGCUUUUCCUUUCUGAAGAAUAUUGUGAGAGGCGUUAUUUUUGGACUUUUAGAUUUUUACUGUACAUAGUAUAUGUCCAUCUAUUUCUAAGGAUGGCUUCCUUUCAAAUCCUUGGCCAUGUACAUUAUAGUUUCUUUGUUCAAGAACAGAAUCUCUUCUGUAAGAUACAAACUGUUUAGUCGUACCUCAGAAACCAGAGCCAAUUCACUUUCAUGUAUUCGUACAAUUUCCUCUGUUUAUUCAAUAUCCACCUUAGCAUGGGAGGUACGUGUCCAUUUUUGAAGCUAGAACCUCAGUGUUCCAAGUAAAAGACUUCUCACUUUAUUAUUCCUAUACAUGUAGAAAGUCAACAUAAAAAUUCAGAUGUCUCACACAUGGGCACUACAUGUUCAAUCCUUGUGUGUUUUUUUGUUGGAGCUGAUACAGUUACUGAACUGGACUCUGUCAUGUGUUUAACAUCACCUCAGUUUUGAGGGUUUGCCAUGUGUCAAGUGACAAAGAUUGUUUGAUUUCUUGAGUUCGAUAUCGGACCUCUGGAGAAGAUUCUCAGCAGUAGGAGGUCCGUUUCGGUACUAGAUAUUCCAGAUUGUGUGUUACCUCUGUUAUGCAUUAGUCAUUGGUUUGUAUUUAUCUCUUUCACUUGUUCUGUUCUGGAUUACUGUCAAUAAUUGUCACAUUUUCAAUCUUGAUUCUCCUUUGACAAACUGUAUGAUCACGGCUUACCAAAGAUGCUUAUUUCACACGUUUAGAAGGCCAGUGGUGCGCUCAGGAUUCGGUGUCUUUGUCUUUAGUAUCAUCUUUUGUUGUCAGUCCUUCUAAUCUUGCAUCUGUCCUUUUGAUGUUUGCUCUAUUUCCUGAGUGCAUCACUGAAAAAUGCAAGAUAUUAUUUUGGGCACCUUUCUGUCACCCACAAAUUCCCAGGGAUUUUGUCCUGUUUCUGAACUUCAAUAUACUUGGUUCUUUUAAGGAACUUGCUAGUGCUAACUAACAACAUGUGUUAGCCAGUUUCAUUACCUAGACAGACACAACAGUGCCAAAUCAACUUUCUAAAGGGCAUUUCGUCCCGGGAUAUCUAAUGCACGCUUUUAGCCUCUGGGUACUCCAGGUUGGUAUUGGCCCCCGAAACCAAUGCUUGGUUGGUGAUCAGGCUGUUUGACUUGGUUUGGUUUCUUUGUCGUUUAACGCCGCACUCAGCAAUAUUCCAGCUAUAUGACGGCGGUCUGUAAAUAAUCGAGUCUGGACCAGACAAUCCGGUGAUUAAUAUCCUGAGCAUCGAUCCACGCAAUUGGGAUCAAUGACAUGCAUCAACCAAGUCAGCGAGCCUGACCACCCGAUCCCGUUAGUCUUUUACGACAAGCAUAUCCGCCUUUUACGGCAAGCAUGGGUUGCUGAAGACCUAUUCUACCCUGGAAUCUUCACGGGUCUGUCAGUGGCAAGUCAACGUAUCCUGAUGGUGUAGAUUGAUGCUCAUCUGGUCGGUGGCAUGGCGUCGUAUCCCGGUGAUGUAGAUUGUUACUCAUCUGGUCCAGGCUUAUUCACAAGCGCUAUCAUAUAGCUGGAAUAUUGCUGAGUGUGGCAUUAAACAACAAACAGAAAACAAUGGGCAUGUUUAGCAAAGUUAUCCCGUGGGUACUUCAAUUUCAUUCUUUUGUGUAAUACCAAGGCAUUAUUCAUUGUCUACAAUACAAGUACCCUAGGAGUUUGAGGGUGCCAUGUGUUAAGAUCAUAUCGAUAUACAUUGUAUUUAACUUGUAAUGCCCAUGUAAUUUGCCUGUAACAAAUAUUUCCACUUAGCGCUGCUUCAGCUCUAUUUAUAAAUUAUCUGGAACAUGUGAAAUUUCAGUAUUGUUGGUAAGCAUUUAGGGGAUAGAAAUGUCGCUGUAUGUAUGAUCAAAAUUAAAUUUAAUUGGAUCCAGACUAUGAAGAAUGGUCAUUUUUUGAAGAAUACAAAUGGUCACAUGAAUGUCAAAUUAUUGAUCUUAUUUUUGUAAAUCUUAACUUUUGACAAAUUUCAAAUCAGGUAUUUAAAGUGCUAUUUUCUUGAGCUAACUCGGGAGAAAAACACAACAGUGACCAUAUAUCAUUUAAGCAAAAUUCCACUUGCUUUUCAGACGUGUAAUGAAGACUAUUCUUGUAGCUCAUUAUAAACUAUACUUGAGGUAUAUGUACAGUAUAUGUAGACAAGGAUGGAGAGGUGGAAUUUUGCUGAUAAUGCUGUGCUUCUAUAGACAAUAUGAUGAUGAUGUGUAUGAUGACCUUUGUAAAUUUGGACAAUUUCAAAUAAACUUUCCCAAAUAAAGCAUUUGUUUCAAUAAA